CACAGAGCUGAGAGAAAAUUUUCUAUUGCACCAUGACAAGCCAUCGGAAACGACCCAAUUUCCAGCAUGGACAGCAAGAGCCAAUCACGGAUGAUCUGGUGGUCGCUGCUCAGUUUGCAGCUGCGUUUCGCUCAACAGCAGCCGAGAAAUCUAACGAAGAAUGGACUCCAGAGGACGAGAACGAAAUCGGGCUAACAUCCUCUGAAGGCGAAAGAGACGUUGACGAUGAAGAGGUUACGCCUCUUGAUAAGAGCGCGCCAGAGAGCGAAAAAAUUGAAGGUUGGAAUGAUGACACAGUCGACGGAGAUGCAGAGGAUGAGUCUGAUGAUGAAUCAGAAGUUGAUUUGGGUGAGGAACUUGCCCGCAUGGAUAAGGACGCAGAUGGUGACGAAGUCACUGGGACCAGUCAUUGUCCAAAGACACCAAAUGAGAUUGAUGCCUACCAUACUUCAGUUUAUCAUCUUGAAUCGAAACUGAAGAUGAAACUUGCGGUAGAAGAACAAGACAGGCUUCGACUGAAAACUGUGCAGUCUAUCAAUCUCAAACCGGCCGGUCGUAUCCAACACCAUAUGACCGACGAAAGAACUGUGGUUGUGCAGAGUCAAUCGAGUCUUGUGUUGCAGGAAGGAAAUUUGCUAGUCCUUCAGCUGCCGGAGUGUGGUACAGUUCCACUGGGGAAAAUAUUUGAGGUCUUUGGACCUGUUAGUCAACCGUUGUACAGUAUCCGGUUGCCCGAGCCUUUGGUAAAUAUGGAAGAAGAUGAAGGUAUCAAUAAACUGACUCCAAUUAUCGGUAAAACAGAGGAGAUUACUGAAUCAGAGAAGAUCUUAGACGAAGGCGACCCGUGGAGUGAGGAUGGGAAGUACACACGGAUCCUCGAGAAAAUACCAUUGCUUAAUGUUUAUUAUGUACAAAACGAGGCAGAGCUUAUCGAUCCGGAAGCAAUUUCGAAAAUGAGCGGACGGGGAUGCGACGCGUCCAAUCUCCAUGAUGAAGAAGUAGUGAACCCAAAUGACAUGUAUUUCUCUGAUGACGAAGAAGAGCGACAGGCUAAGGGGAAAGGCCGAAAGGGUACAAGGAAGGGGCACAAUCCACAGCACAGCAGUGAACCUAGAGCGCUUCGAUCUUGUCCUUCAGCGCCUCAGGGUUUCCACUUUGCACUGACUGCCUAUACACUCUUUGCAACAAUCUGAGUUUGUAAAGCCUUUUACUACCGGGCCCUCCAUGC